AUGGGGAUUUUUUUAAAGUUACAUAAAAGCGUUUACGCUAACUGUAAAUCUUAUGUGUACAAAAGUUCAGGACAUUCAAUACUUGAUAACUUAUUUGAUGCUUAUUGGAAUCUUUGUGUUAAAUUAAUUCCAAAAUCAGUAACAGCUAAUAUGUUGACACUAAUAGCGUUCUUAUGUUCAACAAUAGCAUUUUUAAUUAUGUAUCUCUUCGAUAUAUCGAAUAAAAAGAAUGAUUAUAUAUUUUUGUAUAUAAGUUUCUUUUUAUUUAUGUACCAAACACUUGAUGCGCUUGACGGAAAACAAGCUAGGAGGACAAAUACUAGUUCUCCACUGGGACAAUUGUUUGAUCAUGGAUGUGACUCCAUAACAUCAUCCUUGUUUGUUUUCAUUGGUGGAAAGGUUACCUGCUUACCGAAGGGAUUAUGUUUCUUUACUUGGAUCGAACAUUACACAAAAGUGUAUAACACCUCCCUUGGAUCAAUUGGAGUUACCGAAUCGGAUAUCUUUGUAAGAGAAAUAAAUAAUAUAAUAGCCUUGUGCGUAGUUCGAGGAAUAAAAGGAGCGGCAAUAUAUGAGAGCGCAACCUUGAAAGAUAUACUACCAGGAACCGUCACGUUUUUGGGUAAAACUGUCAUAAACAUAAGAUUACUUACCAUUCUUUCGGUCAUAGUUUACUUUUUCCUUAUACGUUCCCUUAUAAGAAGCUUAUACAUGGGAGUGAAGACUGCCAAGAAGAAAAAAAAAGAAGCUGCACUACAACUACUAACGUAUUUUCUUUUUAUAUUAGUUCAAUAUUACUUCUAUGAAUCAACUCUAACAAAAAAAAAUGAACUAUUAUUUUUUACAAUAGUGGGAUUGUAUUCUGCUUUUUAUACGUUACAUAUGAAUUUGUCUAAUAUUUUAAAAAUAAAAAUGGACUACUUUCCCCUACCAAUCAUGGUUUACUACUUUUUCAUUGCAUUUUUAUUUGUAAAACGCAGAACAAAUCAUCAUUUGUUAGAUUAUGCUGUAUUUAAUGAAAACCAUAUUUUAUAUUACAUGUUGAUAUUUGGCACACUGUACUUAUUUGAUUAUGCAUAUACUGUAAUUACAAAUAUUUGCAAGGAACUUAACAUUACUUUCUUGUUUAAUAAAAAGAAAAAAAAAUAA